GCUCUGAAGUCUGAAGCCCAUCUCUUUCCCCUUGACUCUCUCACUCGCACCUGCUGUCCUCAAAUCCACCUCUUCCUCCAUGGCAUGGCAGACGACCACCCUCCCCUCCCCUGUCCUCACAUCCUCCUCCUCCAUGGCGGCCGACCACCCUCCCCUGUCCUCAAAUCGUCCUCCUCCAUGGUGGCCGACCACCUAACACCGUCACGGCGGCCGCAGCCGCAGCUCAGCGCAGCUCCCUCUCCGAUUCGGGUGUCCUCCAGCUCCGAGGCCAUCGGAGAUAGCCCUGUCCUCCUCCGCCGACCAACUGGAUCAUUCCUCCGCCUGGCCGCCUCCUUCUCCCACUCCCGGGUCCUCGACGGACGGCUGCUGCCUCCGGCGACGCCUGACACCUCCUAAUGGGCUUUUCUGUUAGACCCAAACCCACAUGCCCGGCCCGGCCCAGGCUCGUGCUUCCUCCCGCAGCAUUCCCUUUCAUAUUUUGGCUACCCGCUUCUUCUUCAUCCCUCGCCCCUCUCCGUCUUCCUCCCUCGCUCCCAACCCCGUCCUCCUCGCGCGCAGGAGCUCUCAACCUUCCUCCCCACCCGCAUUGCCCCUUAAAGUUCUCCUCCAUCGCCUUCCUUUCCCCGAUCACCUCCACCGCCCUGUGCAACCACCUAUCAAUCAAGAAAAUCCCCAAUGUCUAAAAAUUCCAAGAAGCACGCGAAGAAGCGGCUCAAGAAAGCAAAUGCCCAAGAACCCACCGUGGUUCUGAGGCAGGUGGUGGAACCUUCUCCGGCGCCGCCGAUGAGAUGGCUCGUGUGGCUUCGGCGGUGGGCGAUACGCCCCUUGCUGAUGCUUUUGGCGAGGCGGAUGCAGCAGGCGGGCAGUGCGCUCGCGUCCGCCCUGAUGCCCUGGGCCUCCUCCCUGGCGCCUCUCCAUGGCGGUUCCGUGGCCCUUCCCUCCCCGACGGGGGCUCUUCAUGGCGGCUGUGACGGGUCCCGGACGGUGCCUCUCCAUGGCGAGGAUGGCGGGUCCGUGGCCCUCUCCUCCCAAACUGCGCCUCUACAUGGAGAGGAUGACGGCUCCGUCUCCCUCUCCUCCCCAGCGCCUACCCAUCUCCGGGCGGAGCCUUCUGCAGUUCAAGAAGGCUCGAGCGCCGAACUCCCUGGUGAUGCGCCCCAAGAAGGAGCAAGCCAAGAUUGGUUGCAAGACGAGAAAGACGCACGGCAAGAAGCGCAGGACGGUGCCGUCGCUCCCGAGGUUGCUGGCAGCCCGGCAGAACUUGGCAUAGCAGAAUCAAUGCUCAAUGAAGAUGGGGUUGACAUUCCUGAAGCAAAAAAUGUGAUACUCCAACAGCUAGAAGGCUCAGGUGAUGCGCCUACCCAUCUCCAGGCGGAGCAUUCUGCAGUUCAAGAAGGCUCAAGCGCCGAACUCCCUGGUGAUGCGCCCCAAGAAGGAGCAAGCCAAGAUUGGCUGCAAGACGAGAAGGAAGCAGGGCAAGAAGCACAGGACGCUGCUGUCGCUCCCGAGGUUGCUGGCAGCCCGACAGAACUUGGCAUAGCAGAAUCAAUUCUCAAUGAAGAUGGGGUUGACAUUCCUGAAGCAAAAAAUGUGAUACUCCAACAAGUAGUGCUCGGUGAUAUAAAUGAAGAAUAUGAGGAUAAGAAGGAGGAGAAGAAGGGAGAUGAGAAGGAGAACGGCGAGAAUGAGUCAGAGGUUGAACAAGUGGUGCUCAGUGACAUAGAUGAAGAAUAUGAGGAUAAGGAGGAGGAGAAGGGAGAUGAGAAGGAGGACAGCAAGGAUGAGUCAGAGGACCACGAGGCUGCCUCAACCGUCUGUUUGGACCAUGAUGACCAUGAAAAGCUAUUGCAUGAAGGUUUCAGAGUUUUGAUGGAUGAAAGAAAAAAGAUCCCAUGCUUGGACUGUUAUAUGCGAAGCGAUGGCGGAAAGAACUCAAGAGUUCCUUAUUUUAAGGUCUGGAAGAUCGAGCAACAUCAUUCUACAUUCCAUUCAAAAGAUAGCAUCCAGUGUAAAAGAAAAGGCUGCCAUGUAAGGGCGAGUACUAAGGGUGACAUUGGUAAGCAUCGGUUGUAUUGUCAUCCAGAGAGCAACUAGAUGUUUGGAUGUUUGGUCCUGGUUUAUUUUCAUGAGGGUGGAGAGUGAUAUUUGAGGUUUGAAGUUGGCCCAUUCUAGAUACUAGUUUGCUAUGUACAAUUUCACAAUGACUGCCUUGGCUGAGUGAUUGCUUGUAUGAGGUAUUUUUGCUGUGUAGGUUGUACUUUGACUGUAUGCAACGUUUCCUUAUUGGAUAUCAAUCAAACUGUGUAUGUACACUUUUAGCCGAGCUGCUCGGCAAACUUAUAUUUCCUCCGUUCUA